CGAUAACAAUUUGCAUGUUUUACUCUGUCCACUGUCCACGUCAAUCAAUCCCAUUUCAUUUGAAUCAACCUCUGUUUCCACCUGACUACCUUGUCCUCCUUGACCUUUGAUUAUUUAGUUGUUAUUAGAAUCACCUCUGCAUACUACCCAGUCGCCGCCAGCAUACGAACCAAGCCAGUCCGCAGUCUCUCCUCCAGCGAACCCGAAGCACACAAUCAUCGCAAUCCACCUCCCACCAGGCAGCCGUUCGCUGUGUCUGCGAAUCAGCACCAAGCGUACCUGACUAUCCUGAUCAUGAUUUGACUCUGAAAAGCAUUAUACUCCAGCUGCCCAGAUAUCCAUCCUUUCGACUGUCAACCUCGCAACGGCAUGUCCGACAAUGUCACUCAAACUGCUACCCGCGUUUCAACUUUGGACGGUGCACCCGACCCUUAUGAUCACGAAAUAUCUUUGAUUGAUGCCACAGCUCCAGAUCGCCAGGAGGAAUCCAGGUCUGCCUCUCCCAGCCCAAGUCGGCCCAACUUGCCCAGGAAUCCUACCAAAAUUUCAGUCAAGGACCACCUCGCCCGAAGAAAGUAUGCCAAAUGGCAAGAGCAUGUUGUGUCUUCCAAACCCGUCAGCAUUGGCACAAAUGAUGUACCCUCUUCCCAAACCCCUUCCAAAAUUGAACCUGGUACUACGGUCCCACAAAGCCAGGCACUUGAUUUUGCCGGAGAACACUCCGAGCAUCGAAGCAGAAAAAGUCUGGAUAAGAGGAAGAGAAAGAACUUGACCUCUCCCAAGAAUUACAUCUACGAAAUUGACGUCCUUUACGAAAAUCAGCGUGGGUCUUUUUUCUGCGGAAUCCCUCUAUAUUCCAACUCUUCUCUUAUGCCAAUCGACCCCAGUCCAUGGCUCAGCAAAGACUUCCAUCAGUCUCCAGUCAAUAUCACCAAUGCUCAGGUGCCAGACCCAAGCUGGGAAUGGGCUUGGAAGUCCUGGUAUGUUGACAUGAGCUACGACGUCGAUGAAGAAGGUUGGCAGUACUCGUUUGCUUUCGGCCGCAAUUUCGCCUGGCAUGGCACCCAUCCGUGGUUUCACAGCUUUGUUCGCAGACGGAGAUGGCUGAGAAAGAGGAUCAAGAAGGCCAAAGUCCCAGCCGACACCAACGCAGGCACCCUGGGAGCUGCACAUCACUUGACGGGAGAUUAUUUUACUAUUCAUUCCAAGCGCGACAGGAGUCCAAUCAGUGCGGUCGAUGGGACAGGUAAAACCGCCAGACCCUCGAGCUACAUCAGCUACCCGGACUCUCUCGACGUCGACCAACCACCUGAAGAUGUCAAGAACACUGCCAGUCUCCUCAAGGCCCUCCGAUUCGCAAGCAUUGACCGUGAAAGGAUCGACGUGGUCAAAAAGUUCGUCCAAACUGCCCCCGCUGAUGAGCUGGCCUAUGUUCAGCACCACAUCGAGGACAUCAUGUCCUUUUUUGUCUUUCAAAAUUCGAGGCGACAGUUACUUACCUACCUAAAAGAAACUGCAAAUCAUGCGCGUGAACAUCGCGAGAAGCAUAGUCAGGAGGGCCGACCGGAAAGUGACCAAGAGAGUCGCAGAAUAGAUCAUUUACUGCAGGCCAUCGAGGCCGCCAACGCCCAAAUCACAGGCCUUGAGUAUUGGAGCGACAGAAAACAUGUCCUCAAGACUGUCGACGACGGAAGCGACAUCACUCGGGCAAUUGCAACCAUCUUUGAUGAGCCAGCCCCUAAACCGGAGCCCGAGUUGGAGCCAGUCAAGGAGAUCAAAGGAAUAUCGGAUCAGGCUGAAAUUACCGAAGAGAAACAAGCCAAAAUCUUUUCAUUCCCACCAAGACCUCCUAAUAAUGACACUCCUAAUGGAGAGCUGGACAAGGGCAAGGGAAGAGCCCAUGAUAGCGAAGACGAUCAGGUUGAAGAGGCUCCGCCUGCGAGGCUGAAAGCAGACCAAGUUCUGAUCCCUGACGAGGAUUUAGCGUAGGCGUUGGUGGGUUGCUACUUAUCCAUUACAUAGGCCAGGCCUUUCUUUAGCUGCAUUACUUUCCACGUUGUUUAA